AUGGAGGCCCUUUUCAGCUUUGAAAACUUCCGCUUGGCCACGAGCUUCGACAAUCAAGCCAAAGCCGCGUUGCUUCGUCCCAACACCAGGCUCGAGCAAUGCUUGGCCAAUUCGACAGCCAAAGGUCUUCCGCCCAUCAGCGUCCUCCCCAUGGCCGGUCAACAUCUAUCCAUUCUUGCUCAAAUCACUGGAGCCAAGUCGAUUCUCGAAGUUGGUACGCUGGGAGGCUACUCGUCCAUUGUAUUCGCGGAAGCAGGUGCCAAGGUGACCAGCAUCGAGAUCAACCCAAAACAUCGCGACGUGGCUUUGGAGAAUGUCAAGGGCCUCGACGCAGAAGUUCUACUCGGAGCGGCGCUAGACGUCUUGCCGAAGCUUGCUGAGGAAGGGAGGCAAUUUGACAUGGUGUUCAUUGACGCGGCCUUCGAGGAUCAAUGGGAGCACUUCGAUUGGGCGGUCAAGCUGACGCGCCCAAAUGGAUGCAUAUUCCUCGACGAUGUGAUCCCUACUAUGAUCCAGAACGGACAGACAAAAGAGGGAGGCGAGACUAUUUUGACAAAGAUUGGCAGAGACGACAGAGUUCAGGCCACGCUGAUGCCGACUGUGGCUUGCCAUUCUAUGAUACCUACACCAGUGUUUACUGGCUUCGUCUUGGCCGUGGUCAAAAGCCACUAA